CAGCCUAUCGCAGUACACUUUACGCACAUGCGCUGUAGAGGCUACCAUCUCGUCAUGGCUGACACUGGCUGGCCGGGCUGUGCGAGGAGUUUGAAAGGCGUCGUAUUGGACUUGUGUGGCGUUUUAUAUGACAGCGGGGAGGGCGGCGGGGUUGCCAUUCCUGGCUCGGUUGAAGCUGUGAAAAAGCUCAAGGCGUCUGAUCUGCAGCUGCGCUUCUGCACCAAUGAGACCCAGGCCACCAGAGAGAAGUUUGUAGCCAAGCUGCAGAGACUGGGCUUUGACAUCUCAGUGUCUGAGGUCUUCUCUCCUGCUCCUGCAGCAGUAGCUGUCCUCAAGGAGAGGGGGUUACGGCCCCACCUGCUGGUGUAUGAUGGACUUCUCCCUGAGUUUGACAGCGUUGACAAGACCGACCCAAACUGCGUGGUGAUCGGAGACGCAGCUGAACAUUUUACCUACCAGAACCUGAACGAGGCAUUCAGGGUCCUUAUGGGCCUGGAGAAGCCAGUGCUGUUCUCUCUAGGCCAAGGGAGAUACUACAAGGAGACAGACGGUUUGAAGCUAGAUGUCGGGGUGUACAUGAAAGCUCUGGAGUAUGCCUGUGAUUUAAAGGCUGAAGUAGUUGGAAAGCCAUCCCCAACCUUCUUCCAGAGUGCUCUCAAUGACAUGGGGCUGCAACCGCAUGAGGCACUGAUGAUUGGAGACGAUCUGGUGAAUGAUGUGGGCGGGGCCCAACGCUGUGGCAUGAAAGGCGUACAAGUCAGGACCGGCAAAUACAGGCCCAGCGACGAGAGGCACUCGACUGUGACGGCUGAUGGCACCGUGGACAACCUGGCCCAGACCGUGGACCUGAUCCUCAAUCAGAGGCACUGAGUACACUGGAAACUCUCCAACUCACUGUGACCCUGCAUGAUACAGGCUGGUGCCCAGUAGUAUUUUCAUAUAAAUCUUAAAGUGUUGUUUCCAGUAGGAAGGGUGUACUGCAUUGAGGUAACAUGUCAAACCAGUACAAUACCAUCCAAGCACUGUAUAUCCUUUCAACUGUCAUUGUACUGUCAAAUGUGGGAAACACCCAGACGCCUGAUGCUUCACAUACUGUGAAACAACCUAGAAUCAAAUUUGCAGAACUCAGUCUACAAGAGAUAAGCUUUUCUUGGGCACGUUAGGGCUGCGCUGUUCAUUUGUCAGUACAUGAUUGGCAUAGAUAAGGUGACACGAAUGUUCCUGUAACCAGCUGCUGACUGACAGUUAUGAGGGUAAAUCAAGGCCGUCUGUCUGUUCAGACUCCCUGCUAUUGUUUCACAAUCAAAUUCUUCGAGGAGUUACGGUACAUGGAGACAGUUUGUAGUCAAACUGGAAAAUGCACAAUUGAAUGCAGCUGUAGUUUAUUUUGCCAUAAAUCUAACAUUAAUUCAUUUUAAGAAGCUGGUUAUAUGAAGGUAAGGUACUCUCUUACGACGGAGUAUUAGGGCCACAUUGAGGAAAGAAAAAUAAAUCUGAGAUUUCCAGAGUAAAGUCCUAACAUUACGAGAAAAAAAGUUGUAUUAUGAGAAUAAAGUCAUAAAUGUAAGAGAA